UAUUUAUGUUCGUACUUUUCCAUCUGUUGCACUUGCUUCCUUCUUUUUUCUCUAUGCAUCUCCUUCAUUUGCAACCUUAGAAUGACACGCAUCAUAAGCAGUACUAACUUACUACCACGAUCAGCUUCUUCACCAUUGAUAUACAAUAACCCAGGUUUCAAUACCUCCAUUGUCGACAGUCCUAAAUAUGAAAAAUUAAAUCGUGAAUGCAUUUUGUUUCCGACGUAUGCCAGUAGAGAUCCGAAAGAUCCGUCAAAAUGGAUCACCAAGGUCAGAGGCUGGGCUUUAUCUCACAAUUGCUCAACUGCCAAGCAAAAGAUGAUGAUGAGUAUUACAAAAAGUGUCGCUGGUAAAUCUUCUGUUGAUAGAAAAUCAUCACUCCUAUUUGAACAACGUUUUAAAUAUUUUCUCGCAACAAAUAAGCGAUACAAGCCAUUUUUGAUUCAACCUAUCGGCAUCACUAUUACCGCUAACGAUAUAUCAAAAAGCAAUGAUAUUAAUUCUGACAGAGAAUCAUCAGCGCCAUGGAAACGUCAAAACACCAAGGACUCAUCAAAAAUGGAAGUAGAUGAAGAUCACUAUGAACUUAUACCCGGAAAUGAUGCGUAUUACUACACAUAUACCCCACCAGCUUCCUCUACAUCCUCAUGUGAAGGAGGAGAUGAUGAUGAAGAUGGAUUCUGGUUGACGACAUCUUUAAGCAAUGCUAUUAAUAAAGACUCUUCUACAUUGUCUGCCUUUGUAUCACCACACCAAGAAAGGCCGACAAAUCCAAUCUCGACCGUCCUUGAUAGAAAUAGCAAUAGCCAAAUCGAUAAUCUGCUAUUGUCAUACCAGCAAUCACUACAGCCACUGCCAUUAGUAAUACAGCAUCAGCAAAUCACAGAUCCUACUAUGCUAUCUAGCCCUACUACUUUGUCCACUGCUACUUCUGUUGAUGAACCCUUAACACCAAAAUCUAAAACAAAGAUACCCUUUUUUUCAGGAACAGCAAAAAAUAAUGAUGACCAACAGGAAGAUGAAUCAUUUCUGCUUGGUACUGAAUUGAAAACACAGGCUUCAGGGUUUCUAUCAGGACGUCUAACCAUUCCUCAUGACAAGAUACUCCAAUGGGCCCAAGUACAUCAACAAUGUGACACCCGAUUGAUAUAUUUGCAAUCAAUAUGUGUGGAUAAUUCUCAAAAUAACUCCCGUAUGACGGCAAAAAAGGGCAGGCAGAACAAUAAACUUUUUACGACAAACCACGGUAUUGUCAAUUUGGUCGAACCCAUUGGAAUUUCAGUCAUUUCAGAUAUAGAUGAUACGAUCAAGAUUACCGAGAUCUUAUCGGGUGCUCGAACGGUUUUAUCAAAAACGUUUUUUGAAACCCCUUUGGAUGUACCUGGUAUGGCCGAUGUAUACAUGGCUUGGUAUACCCAAGGCGCUGCAUUCCAUUAUGUGUCCAAUAGUCCCUUCCAGCUCAUGCCUAUGUUAGAAAAUUUUCUUUCCGAUAAUCAGUUCCCUCCAGGUUCAGUUCAUCUACGAGACGAUGGUAAACUAAUAUCAAGGCUUGUUGAAACACCUGGUCAAGCCAAGCAUAAUACUAUCAAAAAGAUUAUGAUGGACUUUCCUCUACGGCAAUUUAUACUCAUCGGCGAUUCGGGUGAGAUCGAUCUUGAAGUAUAUACUCGCAUCGCCUUAGAACAUCCUGAACAAGUGCUGAAAAUUUAUAUUCGUGAUGUUACGACACCUAAUUUUAUCAAGAAGAAAAAAGAGAAGAAUAGUCAGACUGCUUCACAACCUCAAAAACAGCCACUCUCAAAAGAAUCAAAUUCAUUGCAGCAUGAACAGCAGGCGUCUAGAAAGAAUAAUAGUAGCAUCACUUCUUUACUUCUUAAUCAAAGAAGGCGGUUUUCUUCACAGUCCACCCCCACGCCUCUGAGCAGGAUUGAUGAUGCUCCCAUGAACAAAACUGAUACUAACAACAGCAGUGACAGUAACGAUUCGAACAACUCACUUGCAUCAAGUAACUACAGCCCUCCGAUCUCUACAAGCAUAGCUAAAAAAACGGCGAGAAGAUUUGGCUCACCACUGAGGUUGCGGAAAGCUGUAGUAAAUACUAUCACUGAAUAUGCAAUUGAACCUCGACUGACAGGGCAUAGAAGCACCAAUCAGAGCACAGAUUGUCGUACAGAAAUCAAUGAUACCAUAGUUACUGCUAGCAAUAGUAGUGAUUCAUAUGUAGAAGAAGAUGCGUAUAUGAGGCAACAACAAAAUACAAGCGCAGAAUUAUCAAAUGACAAACAUCAGAGUAACAAGAUCGGAGCUAGCGAAGCAUGUAAUCAGCUCUUCCAGCGCGUUGAAAAAGCAAAAGCAAAACUAUCAUCUUACUCAAUUGACGUUAUCUUAUUUGAAGACGCUCAAGUACUACAAAAUGAUACCAAUGUGCAGAGCGCUUUAUGGAGUUACUGGGAUGUUCAGUAUUGCGAGUAAAUCUCUUACUUUCAUAUAUUGAUUCUAUCUCGCUGUACAAUAUGUACUUUUAAAUUAUCAUUUUUCUUACACUGUAUUCAAAAUAAAGGCGGACAUGAUACCCAUCUAUGAUAAAUAACAAAUCAUUAAAUAUAAACGGCAACACAGUCCUCCUUCAUCGCUACAGGUAUUAACAGCCCUUCGCUUAUUGCAAUCGUCAUGCUCUGCUUCCUGCAAUGGCAAUUCCAUCAAACUCUGCAAUUGCAAGUACAGCAUGCAAAAAAUGACAUCCUUGAAAAUGAACCUUUAUUAAAGGGAAAGCAAAACAAAUCCUUGACUUUAUUUGCUUGUUAAUGUGCAUACAAAGCAUCCAUUGGAUUAGUAUUUCCAAUGAACAGCCCGUUAUUCACUUACACAGUCUGAG